CAAGCAACCCUGCCUGAGGUAUCGAAAGGUCCCCUUACGAGUAACGUAACCCUGGUCACUGCUGCUGAAAAAAUUGUCGGGAUAAACGAUGGCCUCCAUUAACAAAUUAGCAAUUUUGAGCCGAGCCCUCAGCUCCACCGCCUCCCAGGCGAUGGUGAAGCCACCACUUCAGGUGUUCGGCCUGGAGGGUCGCUACGCCACUGCCUUGUACUCGGCCGCCACCAAGUUAAACCAGUUGGACCAGGUGGAGAAGGACCUUAUCGCCCUGCAGUCCACCAUCCGUAGUGACCGGAAGCUGCGCGAGAGUGUGACCAGCCCGAUCAUCAACAAGAAGGUUAUGGGCACCGCUCUGAAGGAGGCAUCCGAGAAGCUGCGCUUCGCUCCGGCCACCGGCAAUCUGCUGGGUCUGCUGGCCGACAACGGACGACUAAAGAAGCUGGACACCGUGAUCAACGCCUUCAGGACUAUCAUGGCUGCCCACCGCGGAGAGGUGGUCUGCGAGGUGGUCACUGCCAAGCCCCUGGACUCCUCCCAGAGCAAGCAGUUGGAGGGUGCCCUCAAGUCCUUCCUGAAGGGCAACGAGUCGCUGAAGAUCACCUCCCGUGUGGACCCCAGCAUCAUCGGUGGCUUGAUUGUUUCCAUUGGCGACAAAUACGUCGACAUGAGCAUUGCCACAAAGGUCAAGCUCUACAACGAUGUCAUCCAGACCGCUGCCUAGACCCUUAAGGAUUAGCUCUUGAUUUAGAUGGUUCAAACUAAAAGUUUGGUAUUGGAAUUCAAGCGGUAAUAGCGAAUAAACCACCCUUCACCCUUGGAAAAACAA